CAACAAACCUGUCAAAUGUCAAUAGAGCCGAAGCUUGUAUUGAUAGACCAAGUCUAGUAACUGGAUUUUCGCAAUUUAAAUACUUCUAGACAAGGUAAGAGACAGAGACCGGAGAUUCAAACUCGACAGGUCUUCUAGCAUGCUGGUAGUCAGACUCAUUGGUUCACACAUAAUAGCAAAAGCCAAAUAAAAGGAAUAGGAAAAGGCGCAUAGCCUUGAAAAUAUGCAGACAUAACUUAUGAAGAAUUCAUGCAUAUUUCUUCUAUUUCUCUCUUGUUUUUCUUUAUUUCUUGGUUCAGUUUUAGCCAUUACUGCCAAUAUUACAACUACACAACACCUUAGAGACCCAGAUGAAUUAGUCUCUAGGAAUUCCACUUUCAAAUUUGGGUUUUUCAGUCCUGUUAAUUCGACCAAUCGCUACGCAGGGAUAUGGUACAGUCAGAACAAUUCUGAUAUACUAGAAGUCAUAUGGAUAGCUAACAGAGAUAACCCACUUAACGACUCAUCUGGGGUGAUCAGCAUAUCUGAGCAUGGAGAUCUUCAACUCUUGGAUGGACAAAACAACACUCUUUGGUCAUCAUCAACCAUAGCAGCUGAUCAUGAAGCAAAUAGUACAGUUGCGGUUGCUCAGCUUCUUGAUACAGGAAACCUUGUUUUACUUUCAAAUGCGAGUGGGAAUAUCAUCUGGCAGAGUUUUGAUCAUCCUACAGACUCGUUGUUGCCGCUUAUGCGAGUAAUUCUUGAUGAGAAUACAAACACAUCGCGACAACUUACAUCUUGGAUGACUGCUUCAGAUCCAUCCACUGGGAGGUUUAGAGCUGGGAUUAAUUCCCGCUUUCUUUCAGAGAUUUUCAUCUGGGAUAAUGGAGAUCGUCCUUAUUGGAGAUCCGGACCUUGGAAUGGUCAUGUUUUCAUUGGAGUACCAACUAUGUACUAUUUCGCACUGAUUGAUGGGUUUCGUCUUGAUGAUGACCAUGAAGGCAUGUUUGGCCUAUCAUUUUCUUCGGCAGCUCAAAGAGUUACUGAACACUAUGUUUUGACAUAUGAUGGAAUAGUAGCACAGAGAGAUUGGGAUGAGGAUACAAGGAAUUGGACAGUUAUAUGGCAAUCUCUAGAAUCUGAGUGUGAUGUUUAUGGAAGGUGUGGAGAAUAUGGGAGUUGUAACUCGAAUAAUUCGCCGAUUUGUGACUGUUUGAGGGGGUUUGAACCGAGGAAUAGCCAAGAAUGGAGGGAAGGGAAUUGGAGUAGUGGGUGUGUUCGUAGAACACCUUUGCAGUGCGGAGUUAUUGGGUCUGGUGAAAAUGGGUUUUUGAGGUUAAGGAAUAUGAAAGUGCCUGACAACGCUGAGACGUUGCUGUCAGUAGAUGAAGAGGAUUGCAGGAGUCAGUGCUUAGGAAAUUGUUCAUGCUUGGCUUAUUCUUAUUAUUUAGGUAUUGGGUGUAUGAUUUGGAGGGAAAGUAUGAUUGAUAUACAGGAAUUCCCAUCCGUUGGUGUCGAUCUUUACAUUCGUUUGGCUCAAAGUGAGUUAGAUGAAACUGGUAGUAGAUGGAGACUUAUUCUGCCAAUCACACUUGUCUCAGGAGCAGCUAUAGCUGCCCUAGUUGUGUUCUAUCUAUGGAGACGAAUGAGAAGACGAAAUGAAAGAAGUGCUAUCAACAAGGAAACACAACUGCAAAGUAUCAAGUUAGAGUACAAUUUUGAUGAUGUGAAUUUGCAAGAUUUACCAGUGUACAAAUUUGAAGAAUUGGUAGUCGCGACAGAUAACUUUGCCGAGAAUAAUAAGCUCGGGCAAGGUGGUUUUGGUCCAGUAUAUAAGGGAGAAUUAGAAGACGGACAAGAAAUCGCUGUGAAAAGACUUUCAAGAGCAUCAGGACAAGGCUUACAAGAGUUUAUGAACGAAGUGGAUGUCAUCUCCAAACUCCAACACAGAAACCUUGUGAAACUUCUUGGCUGUUGUGUUGAUGCAGAAGAAAAAAUGUUGGUUUAUGAAUAUAUGCCUAAUAAGAGUUUGGAUGCAUUUCUUUUUGAUCCACAAGAUCGGGAACUUCUAGACUGGAAGAAGCGCUUGAAUAUUAUUGAAGGGAUAUGUCGCGGCCUUCUUUACCUGCAUAGAGAUUCUAGAUUGAAGAUUAUUCAUAGAGACCUCAAACCAAGUAACAUUUUGUUGGAUGAAGACCUCAAUGCGAAGAUAUCAGACUUUGGCAUGGCAAGGAUAUUUGGGGGCAAAGAAGAUCAAGGCAACACCAAAAGAGUUGUUGGCACCUACGGUUAUAUGUCUCCGGAGUAUGCAAUGGAAGGACGGUUUUCAGAAAAAUCAGACGUGUAUAGCUUCGGGGUCCUGCUCUUGGAGAUUAUUAGUGGCAGGAGGAAUACUAGUUUUAAUGAUGACGAUUCAUUGAACCUCAUAGGAUAUGCUUGGAAAUUGCGAAAUGAGGAUGAUAUUCUUUCACUGAUCGAUCCAACCAUCAACGAUCCAUGCUUCCAAGGGGAGAUUUUGAAGUGCAUUGAAGUGGGAUUAUUGUGUGUUCAAGAGUUUCCUGAAGAAAGACCGUCGAUUUCAACCAUUAUUUCGAUGCUUGAUAGUGAAAUUGCUGAUCUUCCGCAACCAAUGCAGAGUAAAAUUGUUCAUCCUAGGAGGUCUCCGUCUCCCCAAUAUUACGGCCGAGAAGUUUGCUCUGUCUACAAUGAAUCAUUCUCUUCACAAAUCAGUGGUCGAUGACAAUAAUUUUUCGUGUAGUUUCAUGUAAUUAUGACUUUGAUUACGGUUAUCUCGAGGAAUUCGAAUAUAGUUGUACAAAAAAAAUUAACAUAUUUUGUUUUCAUACAUGAGAUCAAAAGCUUAUUGUGCGAAAUGUGAAUAUAAUCACGAGUAUGUUUUUGUUCCCUAGCCUUUGCUAUGUGUACGUAUUUAUGUUCUUUUCGCAUACCAUUGAGUACAGGGCGCUCAGUCUGGAGCUGACAAGUGUCCCUGUGUUAAUACUUUUUAUUUUAUUUUUCAAAAAUAAAUUCUUAUUGUUGUUUA